AUGUGGAGCGCAAAGGCCGGAUCACCUUUAGUGCCUAAACGAGUCUUUGGGAGCACUAACAAGGCCACACCAGAAGGAGACGUGGAGACCCGCGCUCACCUUCUGCAGCACUUAGACACAGUUGCAGUGAGGGAAGGAGGUUUCCUCUACUGGUCUCAGACAGCAGCAGAAACAUCAGCCUCCCUGUCAGUGGAGAUCAGUUCUUAUGUGCUGUUGGCCAAACUCAGCGCCUCCCCGACUGCUGAGGAUCUGGGAUAUGCCUCUGGUAUUAUCAGGUGGCUGACUGGGCAGCAGAACUAUUACGGAGGCUUCUCCUCCACUCAGGUACGACACCACCCGAACAGCAUGCAGCUCAUCUUUGAGUUCAUAUACAGUCUUGGACCAAAUCAGAAGAAAUAAUCCUGAAGCUUUCAU